CUGUACAAUGAGGAAGUAGUUUACAACAAACGCCUCCUGAAUUUUACAUGCAGUAGUGUGGGAUCAUGUAAGCAGCCAGUACUUCUCAUCGGAUGUACCUGUCGUUGUCUCCAGAAUGAAUCCAGGAUUAGGAUUCUGUUGCCUCCUGCUCUUCUCGGUGGUCUAUGCGGAUGCUGAUGUACUGACGUCAGAUACACCUCUUAUAUCUUCCUCACUCUCACCUUUACCACCAUCAAGUCAAAAUUCACCAUCUACAUCGACAACAUGGACAACAGCAACAUCACCACAACUAACGUCAACACCAACACCAACACCACCACCACCACCGACACCUACUACGAAAUACACGCCUUGUAUUAUUCUUGGCAAGUCAUGUCAGAAGCUCCAGUCGUGUUGUCAAGCUGAACAUGCGACGUGUUACAGCAGUAUCUGUCAGUGUGAAGAGAACUUCUUUCAGGAUGGGACGGCAUGUAGUAAUGUCUCGAGACUAAAAGUAACCAACAUCACAGCGACGUCUGUUUGUGAGAGGUACGUAACUCUUGGAUGGACAAACCCCAACGAUAUCAAGCCCAACGUGACCUACACAGUCAACGGUCAUAGUUGGAACUCAUCGAUGGACAAGACUAUAACAGGACUACGCCCAGGACAUCUUUAUGAAAUAAUCAUCACAUCUUCCAUCACCCAGUACAGUGUUACGAAGCAAGGAAACAGCACACCUGUAUACAUCAGGACAUAUCCAUCUCAAGCUACAGUUUUAAACAACCCAGCAAGAAAGGUUCCUGCAUCAAACUUUUCCCUGACCUUCAAUAAAAGUGAUGGCGAGGCAAGCUGUUAUAUCAUCACAGUCAAGAACCAAACUAUGAUUGUUUUCAACACGACUGUCCAUGACAAUACUACUGAAACCAUCAAAACACAAAUAGAAGACCUUGAGCCUGGCAAGCCCUACACUAUAUCGAUAGUUACAGUGUCAGGGGGUCGCCACAGCAACGCAUUAACAUUCCCAUUUACAACAAAGGAUGAACGUAAGUAUGAAGUAUCGAUAAUGUAA